UUUUGCCUUCCUGUCCCUUUAAAAACUGAUAUCUUUAAUUCUAGACACAAGAAUGAAAAUCUUCCUAUAAAAAUACUAAUCUUCUUUUCCCCCGGGGCUGUGCGCUUUUCAUUCGCUCACAAACACAUCUUCCUUUCUGCUUUCCAUGCGCUGGUUUUGCGGCUCCAUCCGAGUCUCGCAGUUCCCCGGAGCGGAUGAGAUACUAGGAAGCCCCUUUCCCUGGUCACUCCUCCCUGUGAGUGAGACUGUUCCCUGCCCAAAUGUUUGUUUCCCUAAGGCACAAAGUACAGCUGCUUAUCUUCUGCUAGUAAAACCUGUUGUUUGACUCCACGUGUAUAAAACCUGCUCUCUGCUGUUUCCUCACACAGUACAGCGUUCGUCCAAAUCUGCUCAAGUAUGUCGCAGCUCCGGUUUGUAAAGGGAGGCCUGAGCUUCCUGGGCGUCAAGCGCGUCUCUGUGCUCAACGCGGUCUUCCAGAGCACCCAAAAAGUGGAGUAUAAACCGAUCAAGAAAGUGCUUGUGGCCAACAGAGGUGAGAUCGCCACGCGAGUGUUCAGAGCGUGCACAGAGCUAGGAAUAAGGACAGUUGCCGUCUACUCAGAGCAGGACACUGGCCAAAUACACAGGCAAAAAGCAGAUGAGGCGUAUCUGAUCGGCAAAGGGCUGCCACCUGUUCAGGCUUACCUUAACAUACCCGAUAUCAUCAAGGUCGCUAAGGAAAAUGAAGUAGAUGCCGUUCACCCCGGUUAUGGUUUCCUUUCUGAGCGCUCUGAUUUCGCUCAGGCCUGUAAUGACGCCGGUGUGCGUUUCAUCGGUCCUUCUCCUGAGGUGGUACGAAAGAUGGGAGACAAAGUGGAAGCGAGAACCAUUGCUAUCGCUGCAGGGGUGCCAGUUGUCCCCGGUACAGAUUCUCCCAUCACCUGCCUGACCGAGGCGAAGGAGUUCUCUAACAAAUAUGGCUUCCCUAUCAUCUUUAAAGCUGCGUAUGGCGGUGGCGGCAGGGGCAUGCGAGUGGUGCGAAGCUACGAGGAGCUAGAGGAGAAUUACACUCGCGCCUUUUCGGAGGCACUCUCAGCCUUUGGGAAUGGAGCACUGUUUGUGGAGAAGUUUAUUGAGAAGCCACGUCACAUAGAGGUGCAGAUACUGGGUGAUAAAUAUGGUAACGUGGUGCAUUUGUACGAGCGCGACUGCUCCAUACAGAGGCGGCACCAGAAGGUGGUGGAGAUAGCGCCAGCUGCGCAACUAGAUUUACAGCUCAGAGACCGACUGACACACGACUCUGUCAAACUGGCCAAACAUGUGGGCUAUGAGAACGCGGGAACGGUGGAAUUCCUGGUGGACAGACACGGCAAACACUACUUCAUUGAGGUGAACUCCAGGCUGCAGGUGGAGCAUACAGUGACCGAGGAGAUUACAGAUGUUGACCUCGUUCAUGCUCAGAUCCAUGUGGCAGAGGGGAAGAGUCUUCCUGAGCUUGGCCUGAAACAGGAGAACAUCAGAAUAAAUGGCUGCGCUAUCCAGUGCAGAGUUACAACUGAGGAUCCGGCCCGCGGCUUCCAACCAGAUACCGGUCGCAUUGAGGUUUUCCGCAGCGGAGAAGGAAUGGGUAUUCGCCUGGACAGCGCUUCCGCCUUCCAGGGAGCUGUCAUCUCACCACACUAUGACUCUCUGCUUGUGAAAGUUAUUGCACACGGAAAAGACCAUCAAGUGGCCGCCACAAAGAUGAGCCGAGCAUUAGCAGAGUUCCGCAUACGAGGAGUGAAGACCAAUAUUCCCUUCCUGCAAAAUGUGUUGAACAACAACCAGUUUUUGCACGGGACAGUGGACACUCAGUUCAUUGAUGAAAAUCCUGACCUGUUUAAUCUGAGACCUGUACAGAACCGAGCUCAGAAGCUACUACAUUAUUUGGGUCAUGUGAUGGUGAAUGGACCAACCACACCCAUCCCGGUGAAGGCUUUGCCGUCUUCUAUAGACCCUGUUAUACCCCCAGCGACAAUGAACGAUCCACCUCCCGGAUUCAGAGACAUUCUUCUUCGUGAAGGCCCAGAAGGCUUUGCACGAGCAAUUCGCCAGCACCAGGGUCUACUUCUUAUGGACACCACCUUUCGAGAUGCUCACCAGUCUUUACUCGCCACCCGCGUGCGCACUCAUGACCUGAAGAAAAUCGCCCCAUUUGUCUCACAGAAUUUUAGCAACCUCUUUAGCUUGGAGAACUGGGGAGGGGCUACCUUUGACGUUGCCAUGCGCUUCCUUUACGAAUGUCCUUGGAGACGUCUGCAGGAACUGAGGGAACUCAUUCCAAAUAUCCCCUUCCAAAUGUUGCUCCGAGGAGCGAAUGCCGUCGGGUACACAAACUACCCGGAUAAUGCCGUCUUCAAAUUCUGUGAAGUGGCUAAAGAGAAUGGGAUGGAUGUCUUCAGAGUUUUUGACUCUCUUAACUACCUGCCGAACAUGAUCCUGGGUAUGGAGGCGGCUGGCCGAGCGGGUGGGGUAGUGGAAGCUGCAAUCUCUUACACUGGCGACGUGGCAGAUCCUACUCGCACCAAGUACACGUUAGACUAUUAUAUGAACCUAGCUGAGGAGCUAGUAAAGGCCGGAACCCACAUCCUGUGCAUCAAGGACAUGGCCGGGUUACUAAAGCCCAAGGCCUCAGAUUUGCUGAUCCGUUCGCUGCGCGACAGGUUCCCAGAUGUUCCCAUUCACGUGCACACACAUGACACAGCGGGAGCUGGCGUGGCUUCCAUGUUGGCAUGUGCUCAGGCUGGAGCAGAUAUUGUGGAUGUGGCUGUGGACUCCAUGUCUGGAAUGACCUCUCAGCCAAGUAUGGGCGCGUUGGUGGCAUGUACCAAGGGCACCGAUCAGGACACAGGUAUCCAGCUGGAGAAGGUGUUUGAUUACAGUGAGUACUGGGAGGUGGCUCGGGGUCUCUAUGCCGCAUUUGACUGCACAGCAACCAUGAAGUCUGGUAAUGCGGACGUGUACGAGAACGAAAUCCCUGGCGGUCAAUACACCAACCUCCAUUUCCAGGCGCACAGCAUGGGGCUGGGCAAUAAAUUCAAGGAAGUAAAGAAGGCGUACACCGAAGCCAACAAGCUGCUCGGAGAUGUCAUCAAGGUGACUCCUUCGUCAAAGAUAGUUGGGGACCUGGCACAGUUCAUGGUUCACAAUGGUUUGAACCGUGAGGAGGUGGAGAAUACGGCGGAUGAGCUCUCCUUCCCACUGUCUGUGGUGGAAUAUCUGCAGGGAUACGUUGGGAUUCCAUACGGCGGCUUCCCUGAGCCAUUGCGCACCAAGGUACUCAAAGACCUCCCUCGUAUUGAGGGCAGACCAGGCGCCUCACUACCAUCCAUGGAUUUUGUCAAAUUAGAGGAGAAUCUUAGAAGCAAAUAUGAUGACAUUACCCCUGAAGAUAUCUUGUCAGCUGCUAUGUACCCUAAAGUCUUUGAGGAAUACAAAGAUUUCAGUGGGCAGUUUGGCCCAGUUGAGUGUCUCAAUACCCGUCUGUUUCUAGAAGGACCCAAGAUCGCAGAAGAGGUUGAGGUGGAACUAGAAAGAGGGAAAACUCUGCACAUCAAAGCCCUUGCCCUGGGAGAUCUUAACAAGGCUGGUCAGAGAGAAGUGUUCUUUGAAUUGAACGGUCAACUCCGAUCUAUCCUUGUGAAAGACACUCAGGCCAUGAAGCAGAUGCAUUUCCACCCAAAAGCCUUAAAGGAUGUUAAGGGUCAGAUUGGUGCUCCCAUGCCAGGAAAGGUUAUCGACAUUAAGGUAAAAGAGGGAGCUAAAAUUGAAAAAGGCCAACCCCUCUGUGUACUCAGUGCCAUGAAAAUGGAGACCCUGGUCAACUCUCCCAUAUCUGGAACCAUCAAGAAAAUCUAUGUUAAACCUGAUAUGCACAUGGAAGGAGAUGACCUCAUACUGGAAAUUGAAUAAAAAAUGGGAACAGUGAUACUGGAAUUGGUGACAAGAGGUUUAAUUGGCUUCUUGAGUUUAGGAGAAAGUACAUUCAUCAUCCUGUACUUGUGGACUUUGUCAUCCUAGUAAAAAACUGGUCUUGUGGGUAUUGGAACCUUGAUAUGUUCAGUUUUUAGUGUUCAUUUAAUGGACAAUCUAGAGGUGACUCUUGACUACACAUUAUGCUAUUACACAUUUUCUACAGAUUGUUUACGUUGUAAAAUAAAAUAUUUCAGAUUGUGAUAGAAACAACAUCUGGAACUAGACAGGUCCCAUAGAACAUAGUUUGGCUUGAAAUGAUGCAUCCAUGUGUCAUAAUUACAUACUAAUUUCCAUUGGUCAUUCUUUUGGUGGUGGUCCAAGCAUAAGUGAUGCUGUAAGGACUUUGCACAUUGUAAUGUUAGAUCUUUUUUUUAUUGAGUUAUGGCAGAAGAUUGGGUAUAUCUUAGCCAUACAAUGACUACAUUGUACAUCUUAAACAUUGCUGUCCAUUAGCCAUUAUGCAGGGUACUAGAAAAGCUAUAUAUAGUAUGUGACUACUGGUGGAAGCAGACAUCCUAUCUAGUGCUUUACAUUUUCUUAGCGGAUUAAAGAGAUUGUAAUUGUUGUUAUUGGCCAUUGCCUUCUAAUUUCCUCGUCCAUUUCUCUGCCUUAUGUUCUUUCACUUUCUGUCUGCAAAUGUUAGCACUAUGGAGAGAGGUAGCUUAGGAACUCACACAGAGGUGUUGUGGUUAAUGAGCACACAGUAACCUUUUUAAAAAAUACGUAAUUGACCAUAGUAUGUGAAGCAAUUAUUUGUAAUUCAUUAGUUGCCUUUACCUGUCCUUCACCUACAACACGUUCUUUGUGUCUUGUUUUCUGGUCAGUCUGCAAAUUUCAGCACCAUGGAGAGAGAGAGGGUUGUUUUAGGGAUUGUAACAGAUGGUAUUUGUACGUAACUGCACAACCUGUAUGAUUAAAGCACAGCGUAACUAUAUAAAAUAUACCUAAGUGACGCCACUUUGAGACUUCAUUGCUCCUGUGUUUAGCUGCUAUUAGCCUCUGUUUCCAACACAUUUAUUUUUGUCUUUUCUCUUCUGCUUUUAAAUUUCAGCACCAUGGAGAAAGGUGUCUUAAAGGGACCGUGCAGCCAAAAUGAAACUUUCAUGAUUCACAUUACAAACUUUACAGUUUACUUCUAUUUUCUAAUUUGCCUUGUUCUCUUGGUAUCUUUUGUCAAAAAGCAUAACUAGGUAAACUCAGGAGCAGCGGUGCACUGCUGGGAGCUAGCUACUGGUUUAUGGAUAUGCACAAAAUGCCUCUCGUCAUUGGCUCACCCAAAGUGUUUAGCUAGCUCCCAGUAGUGCAUUUGUGCUCCUGAUCCUACCUGGGUUUACUCUUCAUCAUAGGAUACCAAGAGAAUGAAGCAAAUUUGAUAAUAGAAGUGAAUUGAAAAGAUGUUUAAAACUGUUUAGUCUGAAUCUUUACUGCCACAGUGUGAAUAAUUAGAAAAUUGUGUUUUUUUUAUAUAUAUAUAUACAUAAUCUUACCAUAGUAUGUGAUGCAGUUAUCUAUUUUUUCCUUUCUGAAUUCAUUCAAAUUAUCUUUAUCUGCCAACUUCUAAGUCUAGUUCCAACGCGUUUCGUCACCUUAUAUUCUUACCUUCUCCAACAGUAGGUUUCAGCACCAUGGACAGAUGCCUUGGGGACCUUGAAAGAUGAUGUUUGUUGGAAAUGAUUAAUAAACCUUACCAUAACUUUUUAAAAUUGAUAUUAUUAUUUUUUCCCACAAACUAUAGUCUAUAAUUUCCUUUUGUGAAUUUAUAGUCAGUAGUUUGAGUCGUUAUUACGAUUAGAAGAACAGGCUUUUAUUCUAGUUUAAUCAAGUAGGGUUCACUAAUGUCAUCUGUAUAUGCUACUAAUGAAAAGAUUCAACCAGCAAAUGAAAGUGCUUGCUCAAUUAAUGUCCUUUUGCCAUUGUAUGUCCUCUGCCUGGUUUACGUAAAACUAUUGUCAUCUCAGUACAGUUUUCUCUCUAUGUACGGACGCUGCAGCUAUGUACGUUUUAAGGACAUUCUCAUGUAAUAAAUUGUACAGAAACAUUU